UCGGUAAAUAAGUGUCCAUGAAGGGAUGACGUCAGAGGUGGAGAUGUCAUGGCGUCGUCGGAGCUGAGACUGGAGCUUGCCAUCUAGUUUAAGGUUGUCGUCGAUGCGUUCAGCGAAAUGGAGAAAAAUCCAAACCCUCAUCGAGACGCAGGUGGAAGUGUCCUGUGCACCGCUAUUCCUGCGGAGCCCGCAGAUAUCAAAACAGCCGGCGGAAUGAAAGAUGUCUGCGAGAAGAGAGAGACUUUGAGUACUUGUGCAAGUGCUAGCGGUGCUAAUGCUACACCCUGCACACAGACAUCAGAUGCUGCUGAGUCGGUGAGCAAAACCACACAGCCGGGCGUUUUACCGGAGACACUGUCGCCCGAUGCGGCCGAUCAGCUGAGCAACGGAAUGGGAUACGAGUCGCCGGUGACCGCUGCUGGGAAUAAGGAGGGUGGCACCUCAAAGUUAGUAAACAACCUCACGGGAGAGCAACCCGACAUCAAUAAUGUGCAAGCGGACGGUUUAGACGGAGAAGCGACGAAGGUGUCCAAGCCUGCUUAUUUGUGUCCGGACAAAGCAAAAUCUGCGAGCCCCAAUUCAAACGAUCACACCGUUUCCGAGGGUCCUCCGAGUGGGAGUGAGCCCAGCAUCGCGGGAGAGUCCCGCAGCUUUGAUUCACUCGAGUCCUUCUCCAAUCUGAACUCCUGUCCGAGUUCAGACCUCAACAGUGAAGGACUGGAGGAGAAGGGACUGGCUUUGGCUAUUCAGAGUGAAUACGGGGCCGAGGGGACGAAAAUCCCCUGUCCCAAAGACAGGGUGACCGGUCAGUCGAUUUACCAAAUCAAGUGGAUAAAGUGGAAGGAGGAGAAUACGCCUAUCAUCACACAGAACGAGAACGGGCCGUGCCCGCUGCUGGCUAUCAUGAAUGUCCUGCUAUUGUCAUGGAAGGUCAAGCUGCCACCAAUGAUGGAGAUGAUAACGGCAGAGCAGCUGAUGGAAUAUCUGGGAGACUAUAUCCUUGAAGCCAAGCCAAAGGAGAUCUCAGAGGCUCAGCGGUUGAACUACGAACAGAAUAUGAGUGAUGCUAUGGCAGUACUGCAUAAGCUGCAGACAGGUCUGGAUGUAAACGUCAAGUUCACAGGUGUGCGGGUAUUUGAAUACACACCUGAGUGCAUCGUAUUCGACCUGCUGGAUAUCCCACUGUACCACGGAUGGCUGGUUGACCCACAGAUGGCUGAUAUAGUGAAGGCAGUGGGGAACUGCAGCUAUAACCAGUUGGUGGAGAAGAUAAUCAGCUGUAAGCAGUCAGACAGCAGCGAGUUGGCCGGUGAAGGCUUUGUGGCAGAGCAGUUUCUGAACAGCACAGCGACUCAGCUCACGUACCACGGCCUUUGUGAGCUCACCUCCACCGUACAGGAGGGAGAGCUGUGUGUCUUCUUCAGGAACAAUCACUUCAGCACCAUGACCAAAUUUAAGGCCCAGCUGUAUCUGCUGGUGACGGAUCAGGGGUUUCUCACUGAGGAGAAGGUGGUUUGGGAAAGUCUACAUAAUGUUGAUGGAGAUGGAAAUUUCUGCGAUUCGGAGUUCCAUCUGAGGCCGCCUUCUGACCCGGAGACAGUGUACCGUGGUCAGCAGGACCAGAUCGAUCAGGACUACCUGAUGGCGUUGUCUCUGCAGCAGGAGCAGCAGGCCUCAGACCUGGGUUGGGAACAGAUCCCAGAAGGCAUCAGUGAUCUAGAGCUGGCCAAGAAGCUGCAGGAGGAGGAGGACCGCAGAGCGUCACAGUACUAUCAGGAGCAGGAGCAGGCGCAGGCCGCGGCGGCAGCAGCUGCACAGGCACAGGGACAGCCAGCAGCGGCGGGUGCAGACCAGGUGGACAGAGCGGCAGCUGCUGGAGCCUCAGCAGGGGGAGCUGCAGCUUCUCCGAGCCCAGGAAAACAGCCCUCUACAGGCGAACGCAAACCCAAGAAGGAAGCCAAGGACAAAGACAAAUGCAUCUUGUUGUAACAGCAGUGGACCGUGUAGAGUGCGAAACGGGCAGCAGUUUAAUUCCAGUGGCUCUGCGAUGCAUCUCCCAGCGUGAAGUGGAAAGAGCACGGGCGACCGAUAGAGAUGAAGCCUGACAAGCAGAGAGGACUUGCCAUUCUCAAGCCACUUGUGCCUGACUUUAACCCUCUGUGUUCUGAAGAUGCAGACAAGCAGAGAGGGGUGUUCACUACAAGGACUAUCACUACAUCUUGCAAAGAGCUGGCCAAAUGAUCUCAGCAGGAAAACCACUGCAGUGCACUAUAUUUGUGUAGGGUCAGCAGGGAGGGUGGAUUUCUUUUUUUUUUUGUAGUAAAACAAGGUAAUGUACACAUAGCACUAUUCAAAACUACCCCACCGCUCAAAAAAGAAGAAAAAAAGUGUUUUUGUUUCUCAUUAUACAAAGCAUUUUCUUUUUUUUUUUGUGGAUUUCCGUUAUUGCUGUUGUUUAUAAGCUAUUUUAUACCAGUUUACCCGUAUAUAUGCAUAUGUACAUUCGUUUUAUUGGUCAGUUUCUGUUUGACUGAAGGAUUUCUGAGAUCUUUUACUGAAAGGCAGUUCGCAUGAGCAGGUAGCAAGCCAACAGGUCUCUUGGCAAAGGUGAUGUCUCAGGACGUGAUGUAGGCCACAAUAGCCUGGCAGUUUGAUGCCAAAUUUCACAUUGUUGAUAUUGUAGGAGCAGUGAUCUCCACAGAUGCAUUCAGAAAUGUUUUCCUAUUUAGGAAGUUGCUAUUCCAUUUGGUUACAUAGAUGUGUCUACAAAAGGAUAGAUUUUGCUAACAGGAUAUUUACUGGGAAUAUCAGCAAACAACUGACACUACCCUUAAUGUAUAUAGCUUUAAUGAAAGGCAUAUGAAAUAUGUGGUCAUUUUUUUGUUGUUGUUUUGCCCUACCCCUUUUAACUUUCAGCCAAAAUUCUGGUUCAUAUUUGCCUUAUAAAAUGUAAUAUGGGUGGGAGAGUCAUCCAUGAACUGUAUGGUUUGUGUUUUCAUCUAGCUGGUGGACAAACAAUAUAGGUGGACACACAAAAGGCUGAAAUCUGAAGAGCAGGUGACACAUUUCUGUUAAUUGGUCAAGGGGAUUAUUAAGGAUGAUAAUCGAAAAAUGGCUAAAAAUUUGCUGAAUAAUCGAGCUGACUGAUAUAUCAGUCUGUCUCUGGCUUCAGCUAGAAUUUUCACUCUUGCGUGUACAUACUCAUAUAAAUGGAUGUAAGGUAGGAAAGGAUUCUCAAGCCCAUCCUGUUCCAGUGCUGCCUCCUGAGAGACAAGGUCUUCUAUCCAAACAUUCCAGCUAUAUGCCUUGAACUGAGCAUUGUGUUGAGCCUCAGACUCAGAGAAACGCCAAUGUUGGGCGGUUUUUCCUGGUGUUCUGCUCUCACAAUGCAAGAAUUACCAACUCCUGCAUGUAGACAAGCUCGUGGUGGGGAAGUCGUUGGUCAGACAGUUGCCCAGUGGUUUUCUGGGAGCACUAGUAGAUGCAGUCAAACGCUAGUCAGUUAUGGGCUCAAACUGUUGCUUUGACGUUUGGUCCCUCAGUGGCCAAUACUCUCUGUAUAUAAAAAGCCUUACAAUAUUUACAGUAUCUUUUAUACCGACAUAAAACAGGUGCGAGACAAGACUGAGACAAUCUGUAGACCUUACCAUAGACAGAAAACCGCACAGGCCUUCACAGAAGGAACAUAUCCAUGAGUGUCUUGCAAACGGUUUGAUGUGUAUUAGCUGCCUUGGUGACGGAUAUAGAUCUAAUGUACAACACAGAGUUUGACUGGAAAGACUCCCAUAGAAGUUUAACAAAAUGGCAUUAGUAACCUUAUAAGUGUGUGCUGUGAAAUGAUUCGAUUCUGAUAGUAAUUUCAAUCA